AUGGUCAGGGAAGUCCUGGACAUUUUCAAGCCACACUACAUUGAGGAAUUGGAACUACUUAUAUACCACGUCCUGCCCUUCCUUGGUGGCUUUGCACCUUACCUUGGCCUGAUGAGAAAUCUCCGCACAUUGCAUCUUAGUCUCGCCUAUGUGAACACGGAUAGGGUACCCAUAGAGAAGUGUCUUAACAAGUUCCUUACUCAGUUCUCCAAGCUCAACUGCCUCCAGCAUCUCUACAUGAACGGCAUCAACCUUUUCACUGACCACAUGAAACAGUUGUGCAGAUGCCUGAAGACCCAGUUUGAGUCCUUGUCUAUGAUCCUCUGCUGUCUCUCACAGUCAGACUUGAAAUACUUGUCACGAUGUCAGAGUCUCUGUCAACUGAAACACCUGGAAUUCAGUGGUAUUUUGUUAUCCACGUCCCAUCCCACAGGUCUCCGACUUCUCCUUGAGAAUGUAGCAGACACUCUGCAGACCCUGGAGUUAGACAACUGCAGCCUGGAGGACUCUCACCUCAGUGUCCUGCUGCCUGCCCUGAGCCAGUGCUCCCAGCUCACUAGAGUCAAUUUCUAUGACAAUCUCCUCUCCAGUGCUGCUCUGAAGGACCUUCUGCAAUGCAUGGCCAAUCUAAACAAGCUGAGAGUAGAGCUCUACCCUGCCCCUCUAGAGUGCUAUGACCACCGUGGUCAUAUCCUUGUACAAACAUUUGACCAACAAUGCCCUGGCCUACUGGACAUACUCAAGGCCAAAAGGCAGUCCAAGAAAUUGUCUUUGCUACAGCCAUGUGCUUUAAAUGUCAUCAGCGCUGUGUCUAUGACAGGAAGACCAGACUUUGUCCAUGUUGGCAAUGAAUAG